AUGGGCCCCACUCCAUGCCGAAACCUCCAUUGGGUAUUCAAGGUGGGUGACCGCACUGCUACUAUUCGCUUCUAUGAGGACGUCCUGCUGAUGAAGCCGUUGCGGCACGAGGAGUUUACGGAGGGCUGUGCGGCGGCCUGCAACGGGCCGUACGACGGCAUGUGGUCAAAGACCAUGAUCGGGUACGGCCCCGAGGACGACAACUUCGUGCUGGAGUUGACGUACAACUACGGUGUCAAGUCAUACGAGCUGGGCAACGAUUACAUGGGCAUCACCAUCCGCAGCAAGCGCGUGUACGGCAAUAUACAGGUCCCCUGCGUUGAGGUGGCGGCGCCUGAUGGCUACCGCUUCUGGGUGCAGGACGAAGAACCCCAGCUGCCCGGCCCCUCCUCCUCCUCCCCGUCCUCCCCGCCCUGCCCCAUGACGGAGCUGAGGCUGCAUGUGACGGACUUGGAGAGGUCACUAGCCUUCUGGUCGGGCUUCCUGGGCUUCUCCUCGCGGCGGCCAGCUCCAGGGGAGGCCCUCCUCAGCUGCGGACCUGGGCAGUGCGAGCUGAGGCUGGUGCAGCUGCCGCAGGGACAGCCACUGCAGCGUGGCACCGCCUUCGGCCGUGUGGCGUUCGCCUGUCCAGGGGAGCAGCUACAGCAGCUUGAGGCGGAUGUACGGGCGGCUGGGUACACCGUACACACGCCGUACGUGUCCCUCGACACUCCUGGCAAGGCCACCGUUCAGGUGGUGAUCCUGCAGGACCCGGACGGCCACGAGAUUUGCUUCGUGGGUGAUGCGGGCUUCCGGGAGCUGUCCGUAUGGGACCCCUCUGCUUCCCGGCUGCUGGCAGAGGCGCUGGAGAAGGACAGGAGCGCCGAGUGGUUCAAGCAGCGCGAAGAGAGAGAGGCACGCAUGCGGGCCAAGGGCGUGUGA